AUUUGGAGCGCGGCGCCGGCGGGGGCCGGGAGGGGGCGGCGCGGCGGACCUCGGGGGCCCGGGACGCUCCUCCGACGCGAGCGGCCGCCGGCCCGGCUCCGCCUUGCGCCCGGGAGCUCCCUCGGCGCGGCCCGGCCGCUGGUCGCCGCUCCGCCGGGGCGCGCUCACCUGGGACGCGCUCCCCGCCCCGCGGGCACCUGGGCGCCGGGAUGAAGGACCGGCUGGAGCAGCUGAAGGCCAAGCAGCUGACGCAGGACGAUGACGCAGAUGAGGUGGAGAUUGCCAUUGACAACACGGCUUUCAUGGAUGAGUUCUUCUCUGAGAUUGAGGAAACUCGGCUCAACAUCGACAAGAUCUCAGAGCAUGUGGAAGAAGCGAAGAAACUCUACAGUAUCAUUCUCUCUGCACCAAUUCCCGAGCCAAAAACCAAGGAUGACCUUGAGCAGCUCACAGGAGAGAUCAAGAAAAGGGCCAACAAUGUCCGGAACAAAUUAAAGAGCAUGGAGAGGCACAUUGAGGAAGAUGAGGUCCGGUCGUCAGCAGACCUUCGGAUUCGGAAAUCCCAGCACUCCGUCCUCUCGCGGAAGUUUGUGGAAGUGAUGACCAAAUACAACGAGGCUCAGGUGGACUUCCGUGAACGCAGCAAAGGGCGAAUCCAACGGCAGCUUGAAAUAACUGGCAAAAAGACGACCGAUGAGGAGCUGGAGGAGAUGCUGGAGAGCGGCAACCCUGCCAUCUUUACUUCGGGGAUCAUCGACUCUCAGAUUUCCAAGCAAGCCCUCAGUGAGAUCGAGGGCCGACACAAGGACAUUGUGAGGCUGGAGAACAGCAUCAAGGAGCUCCACGACAUGUUUAUGGACAUCGCCAUGCUGGUGGAGAAUCAGGGGGAAAUGUUAGAUAACAUAGAGUUGAAUGUCUUGCACACGGUGGACCACGUGGAGAAGGCCCGGGACGAAACGAAAAGAGCUGUGAAGUAUCAGGGUCAGGCCCGGAAGAAAUUGAUAAUUAUCAUUGUGGUAGUAGUUGUGUUGCUGGGUAUUUUAGCAUUGAUUAUUGGCCUUUCCGUUGGGCUGAAAUGAGUGGCCCGAGGGACUCUGGCACUGAAAUGUUUGUGGCCGGUUUUUCCUGCUGUUCCUCACCAUCAGCCUGCACACUGACCAGCUCCUCCUCUCCCUGCCUUAGAAUCCGAUUUCACUCCAGCCUGCUAUGGCCACCCUUGUCUUCAGAGGGGAGUAGAGUUUGAAUGGCCCUCCUGAGAGUGAGGGGGGCCUGGCUCCUUUGUUUCCUUGUAACCAGCCUCGGACCUGCCUCAGCGAUCUAGCCCUGAUGGAAUCGCAUCCACUUGUUGCAACCCCAAGGUCUCCUCAAAGUCACAUCCUGCCCCAGCACCUUCAGCACCUUCCCUCCUGGAACCAAACCCGUCUUUCCUUGUCCCUGUGGUGUCAAAUUAUGCCUCUUACCUGGGAAGGCUGGUGUGAGGCAUCCUAGGGUGCUGCAUUUCUACCUCAUGGAGUAUUCUCCCAGUAAUUGCAAUGUAUUUUCUUUUUAAAGGAGUAUCUUUAACAAAGCAGAGGAUUCUCCUACCUUUGGCAUAGAUUUGGAUUAGAGACUUCUACCUAGCGGGAUUCCAGUCCUCACAACUGGUUGUGAUAUCCAGAUGUGUCUAUGUUCGCUUGUUGUCCCGAGUCCUGAAAACAGGACGGACUGACAGAUAGCAUUUUGGUCUGAAAAGUUAACUUGUUUGAAGCUCAACCUUUAAUUGGGCUCUUGGUAAAUUAAGCUCUGGGGCCAAUUUGAUCUUUUUCUGUGUUGCAUUCUGUCACGUUUACUCAAAGAGGGGCCAAGAUUGAAGUAGUCAUCUGAGGUUACCACGUGCAAAGGCUGAGGGUGUGGAAUGUUGGUUUCUAUAUCUGAUUCUUAGAAACCGGCUGUUCCCUCUUGGUGAAGCCAUUGCUUUGAGGCCAAAAAUAAGGGAUGUAGACAUGGGCUGGGGAUAAGGUGCUAGAGUCUCAGACUGCAAAUGCUUCAUGAGACUGUGCAAGUAAUUCAAUCACUCCAGGUUUAUUUUUGUAAUUGUGUGUGGAAUGUAUAUAGAAUAUGUGUCUAUUUCUCAGGAAGUAGGAAGCUAGAAGUGGAAGGUACUAUGUCCU